AUGGAGGCGAUGGCAAAGGGCUUCUUCGAUGGUUCUGCGAUGGAGGUUGGUGUAAAUGGGAUGGGGUGUGUCUGCAAGAGGAGAGAAUUUUCAGUGGGGUGUGGCUGGAUAUCAGAUGGGGUGGGAUUUGAUUUCAGAUGGGGUGUGGCUGAAAGGGAAGGGGGUUUUCGGUGGGUGGUUAGGGAAUGGGGUUUAUGA